UCCCCCGCCCCCUUCCACGCGGAGAGGGUCCCUGGACCCCCCUUGGGCGGAAAACUCCCCCAAAGCCUGGGCCUCCCCCUCAGCAGGUCUUAUAGAAGCCCCUCCCCCUUAUAGGCCCCUACAAAAAGCCCCCUCCCAAGCUUCUGCCCUUGGAGACCCCCAUAUAUAUUUUAUGGCAGCCUCCCCCCUCAUAAAUACACACAUUGAGAAUAGGAAGCCCCCUCCUUUAAUUACAAGGGGCCAUCUUGAAGCCCCCACCUCAUAUAUCUAGAUACUGGCACUGAGAGAAUUCCUCCCCCCCAAUAAACCUUGAAAAUAUUCGAUUUGGGGUCUCUGGAAGCCCCCAGACCCUUUAUUUUCUCCCCCCCUCAGCCUUGAACUUAGUAAUUCCUUCCCCCCCCACACACACCUUUAACUAGCAUCCCUUUUCUUGCUUGGGUUCCCCCCCUUAUUUCUCCCUCCUGCUUAUAUAGAAAAUAUAGAGAAAAUUGCAAAAUGGAUAAUCUCUCCCUUUUCCCAUUCUGCUCUCUUCUUGGUUUCCUGGCUGGGAUGGUGGCUUGGGAUUGAUGAUAAUUAAUCUGUGGUUUGUUUCUCCUGGAGCUGGCAUGAAGGCUUCCCUGGUCUUCUGUGAAUAAAUUUUCUUUGCUCUUAUUAAUCCGCCUUCUCUUUCUCCCAGGUCCCUUCGGCUCUGGACUUCCCUGCCCUCCUCCCCCCGAACAAGAAUGGCCGAAGUGGGGUGCUGAUUUCUCGCGGGCUUCUUUCCGAGGACGCCUCUUCGGCACCCUCCGGAAAACCCCAGGAGUCCUUUUUGGGGGGGCAGCUUCAGCCCUCCAAAAUAUACAGAGGAUAUCAAGCCUUGAAAAGGAGCCCACUCCCCACCCGGGUCAAGAUUGGGCCGAUUUCAGUCUCUUUUUUGAGACGCUUUCGUUCCCAAAUAAAAUUGGGGGGGCUACCGUCUCCUUUUCCUCCUGGCCCCACACCCAUCCACCGGCAGGCAUCUGUUGGGCUUGUUGCUCCCGUGUGAAUUGUGCCCAUCUAAUAACACCCCUGUUAAUCCCUCCACCAAUUUAUUUUCCAAGUUUUUCCCCCCCCUAAAAUUUAGGAAUUUGGAAGGCUGAGCAGAGAGAAGGCAGGAAGGAGGCGGUUCCUAUAAACCCCCCCCCCAAAAAAACCCUUAGUUUUUGCAAUUUGGGGGGCCAUCCUUUUGAACUGGGUGUGCGUUUCCUUUUUCUUCCUCGUUUGGUGAAGAAGACCAGUAGGACAGAACCACCUCUUGGAAACAUGUUAAAGGGGGCGAGUUGGACCCCCCGCCUUUUUCUCAUAGAAAAGCUCCGGACAAGCUGGCUGGUUCUUCGGACUUCCUUGCGUUUGAUCCACCAGCUUGGCAUCUAAACCGUGGGUGAUUCCUCCCUCCCACUCCCCCCCUUUGGACCUUCCCCACAGAGAAGGGUCAGGGCACCCCCUUGGUAUAGGUGAAGUCUAGGGGGCAUUCGCCAUGGCGGGGGCCAUUGCCUCCCGCAUGAGUUUCAGCUCUUUAAAGAGGAAGCAGCCCAAAACGUUCACGGUUCGGAUUAUUACCAUGGAUGCCGAAAUGGAGUUCAACUGCGAGGUGAAAUGGAAAGGAAAGGACCUCUUUGACCUGGUGUGUAGGACUUUGGGACUCCGUGAAACAUGGUUCUUCGGACUGCAGUACAUGAUUAAAGACACAAUAGCCUGGCUCAAAACGGACAAGAAGGUGCUGGACCACGAUGUCCCAAAGGAGGAGCCGGUUACUUUUCACUUCCUGGCCAAGUUCUACCCAGAGAAUGCAGAAGAAGAGCUGGUCCAGGAAAUCACCCAGCAUCUGUUCUUCCUACAGGUAAAGAAACAGAUUUUGGAUGAGAAGAUCUAUUGUCCUCCAGAGGCAUCUGUCCUUCUAGCAUCCUAUGCUGUGCAAGCCAAGUAUGGGGACUACGAUCCCAGCGUUCACAAGCGCGGCUUCUUGGCCCAAGAGGAGUUGCUUCCAAAACGGGUGAUAAAUCUCUACCAGAUGACUCCAGAAAUGUGGGAAGAAAGAAUCACAGCCUGGUAUGGCCAACACCGAGGAAGAGCCAGGGAUGAAGCAGAGAUGGAGUACUUGAAAAUAGCUCAGGAUCUAGAGAUGUACGGCGUGAAUUACUUUGCCAUCCGGAACAAGAAGGGGACAGAGCUGCUCCUGGGGGUUGAUGCGUUGGGCCUCCACAUAUAUGAUCCAGAAAACAGGCUGACCCCCAAAAUCUCCUUUCCUUGGAAUGAGAUUCGCAAUGUCUCUUACAGCGACAAAGAGUUUACAAUAAAGCCUCUGGAUAAAAAGAUCGACGUUUUCAAAUUCAACUCCUCCAAGCUGCGGGUGAAUAAACUGAUCCUUCAGCUCUGCAUCGGCAACCACGACUUGUUCAUGAGGAGGCGGAAGGCCGAUUCCCUCGAAGUCCAGCAAAUGAAAGCCCAGGCCAGGGAGGAGAAAGCCAGGAAGCAGAUGGAGCGCCAGCGUUUAGCCCGAGAGAAACAGAUGAGAGAAGAGGCCGAACGCACAAGGGAUGAGUUGGAGAGGAGACUUUUGCAGUUGAAAGAGGAGGCUACGAUGGCGAAUGAAGCUCUGAUGAGAUCGGAAGAAACGGCCGACUUGCUGGCCGAGAAAGCUCAGAUCACCGAAGAGGAAGCCAAACUGCUGGCCCAAAAGGCGGCCGAGGCAGAGCAGGAAAUGCAACGGAUCAAGGCCACAGCGAUUCGGACCGAGGAAGAGAAGCGAUUGAUGGAACAGAAAAUAUUGGAGGCCGAGAUGCUAGCGCUGAAAAUGGCGGAGGAAUCUGAACGAAGGGCAAAGGAGGCUGAUCAACUCAAGCAGGAUUUGCAAGAAGCUCGUGACUCUGAAAGGAGGGCCAAGCAGAAACUUCUGGAAAUUACCAGCAAGUCAUCCUACGCACAGCCCCUGAAUGCAAGUACGACCGCCUUGCCCGCAGACUUGUCAACGUUUGGCAUGAUCAGUGAAAGCCUGUCCUUCGACUUCAAGGAUAACGACAUGAAGAGGUUGUCCAUGGAGAUCGAGAAGGAAAAGGUUGAAUAUAUGGAGAAGAGCAAACAUCUCCAGGAGCAGCUGAACGAGCUGAAGACCGAGAUCGAAGCUCUGAAAUUGAAGGAGAGGGAGACCACCAUGGACAUCCUGCACAGUGAGAACCACGACCGGGGGAAUAGCAAACACAACACCAUUAAGAAGCUCACUUUACAGAGCACCAAGUCUCGGGUGGCCUUCUUCGAAGAACUCUAGGAGAAGACCCCGUUGCUUCCGGGACAGCCUUUUUUUUUUUCCUAUGGAGGACUAGCCAUAAACCGAGAUGCAUUGCUUCUUUCCAGCCAGGAGUCGCAGAGCGACUCUCUUGACGGGUACAGUACUCAAGGCCUGCUGUUGCUGGAAGAGUUUGGUGUGAAUCUUUGUAGAUCUUUAUAACUUCUUUAGAGCCAACAGUUAACGUUUUAGCUUCCUCUCUCUCUCUCUCUCUCUCUCUCUCUCUCUCUCUCUCUCUCUCUCUCUCUCUCUCUCUCUCUGUUUGUAUGGGUUGUAACUUGGAUUAUGCGCCUACUGCAGGAGGCUGGAUUCAAUAUUGUUUUAUCCCUUCUCUCGGCCCUCUUUCCCUGCUCUGUGAAGAUUGCUUUCUGUCACAAGAGAGAGAAAAAUUCCUUUCUCAGCCGCCCACAAAGAUUGGAAGUUGCAAGCUGCCCUGGGAAGCACGGACCCGUUUCCUCGGCAGAAUUCAGGGCCUGCAACGUUCCGUACUAACGUUCUUAAGUUUCCGCAGGUUUCCCCUCGUUUCCGGUGGACUUUGAAGGGGUUUUCCUUGAUCCCGGAAGCCAAGCAAGCCGGGUUCGGUUUGGGAUUCAGACUCGGCGUAUCAAAAGGCACAUUUGGAAGACCUAUCGUUUCAAUUUUGGGCGGGCGGUAAAGCGAGGAUUGAGGGAAUAAAAGGAGAUCAUUUUAAGUGGGUGGAUGGACUUUCAAGGCCUGGAGUAGGGAUGUCCAACCUUGGUCACUUUUAAGACUUGUGGACUUCAACUUCCAUGGCUGGCUGGGGACUUCUGGGUUUUGAAGUCCACAGUUCUUAAAACUCGGACAGUGAUUUUAAACAUUUUGAUAGCCCGGGCACGUCUUUAUACAUUUCUCUAUGCAACAUGGACGGUUGGAAAUACUGCUUUUCGAAAGUAAACUGAGCACAACACCCUAAUGGCUUCAUACUGCCUGAAAAAAUAUAUAUAUAUACCGUAUAUAUAGAUAUAUCUCAUGCGGGCCAUACCAUUUCUAACCACAGGGAGGAUCUUUGAUGGGAUCCAUUUCUGUUCGGCUUCUAGUCUUUUGAACUUCGGUCGUUUUGAAAUGUCAUGUUUGUAUAAUACUUCUGCGAGACGUUCUCUCUUUUUAUUAAAGUCUCCGCUAUUUUUCAUGCU